UGCGAAGUUAUCAAUAUUUUUUUUUCGCUUUAUGUCGGUCUGGCAACCUUCUUUAUCAGACGGUCGAUAAAUUAUAUAUUGUGAUUGCAUCAUAGUCGUAUUAGAAGCUCCAAUUAUUAUGGAUUUUAAGAACUUUUUUUCGCUUCCCUUCGUUAGAGCAGACGACGAAGAGGAGUUGGUUGAUCCUCAAGCAGCAUUAAGGGAAAAAUGCCAAGCUAAAAGUCAUAUUGAAUCAUUGUACAACAAGUAUCAAGAAUGCAAUGAUCGUGUGCAUGGGCGGACCAAAACAACUGAAACUUGCAUGGAGGAAUUGUUUGACUAUGUUGCUGAAUUGGACCAUUGUGUUGCUCACAGUCUAUUUACAAAACUGAAGUAAAAACGAAUAAAGGCAAUUAAGACCUUAUUGCUUAACAAUUAUAACCUUAAUAAAAUGUCAUAUUAAAGCUG